CUGACAGCGCGCAUGGAAGGACCCUGAGACGGGCGACGGCACCACCAUCUUUCUCGGGUACACGUCGAAUCUGAUUUCAUCUGGCCUGCGCGAAACACUGCGCUACCUGGUCCAGCACCGCCAUGUCUCGGCCAUUGUCACGACGGCCGGCGGUGUCGAGGAGGACUUGAUCAAGUGCCUGGCGCCCACGUACCUGGGCUCCUUCUCGACGCCCGGCGCCGGCCUGCGCAAGAAGGGCAUGAACCGCAUCGGCAACCUCGUCGUGCCCAACAGCAACUACUGCGCCUUUGAGGACUGGGUCGUGCCGCUGCUCGACCAGAUGCUCGCCGAGCAGGAGGCCAGCAAGAAGACGGACGAGCCGCUGCACUGGACGCCGAGCAAGGUCAUCCACCGCCUGGGCAAGGAGAUCAACGACGAGCGGUCCGUCUACUACUGGGCGUGGAAGAACGACAUCCCCGUCUUCUGCCCCGCACUCACCGACGGCAGCCUGGGCGACAUGCUCUACUUCCACACAUUCAAGUCGUCGCCCGAGCAGCUGCGCAUCGACAUUGUCGAGGACAUUCGCAAGAUCAACACCAUUGCCGUGCGGGCCAAGCGGACGGGCAUGAUUGUCCUGGGCGGCGGGCUGGUCAAGCACCACAUUGCCAACGCCAACCUGAUGCGCAACGGGGCCGAGAGCGCCGUCUACAUCAACACGGCGCAGGAGUUUGACGGGAGCGACGCGGGCGCGCGGCCAGACGAGGCUGUCAGCUGGGGCAAGAUCAAGCUGGACGGGGACAGCGUCAAGGUAUACGCAGAGGCAACCGUCGUGUUCCCGCUCAUUGUGGCGGCGACGUUUGCGCGCACGGCGGCGCAGGCAGCCAGGCCGUAGUGGUAGAGGGCGCCAGAGGCAGAGAAGGCAGCAAAUCAGAAAAGUG